CCCUUAUUUAUCUGUUGGCAUAGUGAUAAUCCGAGUGCUGUCAAUAGAAGGAGACUUCUCCUUCCUUAACCUCCUUAUCUAUCAAUCUUCUUCCUCGUUCCUCUUUUGGAUUGGAUUGAAGAGGAGGGAAGAUCAUUGAUCAGUACCAAUAAUGGGAAAUUGCCAAGCGGUGGAUGCGGCUGUGCUAGUGAUCCAGCACCCGAGCGGGCGGAUUGAGAGGCUGUACUGGUCCGUGGCAGCUAGCGAGGUCAUGAGGACGAACCCGGGCCACUAUGUCUCUCUUAUCAUCCCCUUGCCACCGUCGUCAGACCAGGAUAAUGCGGAAAAGGGUGAACAGGAUAAGAAGCCCGUGAGGUUCACCCGCGUGAAGCUCCUCCGUCCGAACGAGACUCUCAACCUGGGCCAUGCCUAUCGCCUCGUCACCUCCCAAGAGGUGAUGAAGGUCUUGAAGGCCAAGAAGUAUGCAAAGAUGAAGGAGAAGAGACCGGAAUCGGGUGAGAAACAGACCGUGGAGCGUAACCGUACCAUUGAUAAUGAGGGAGAUCGUCAGAAAGCAGAGAACUCUAACACCGGGAAGGAGAAGAAGACCAACCUCGAGAAAACAUCUCAGGAUUUGAACCACGGAAGGCAGAGACCGAGGAUGGCACCAUGGCGCCCAACUUUGCAGAGUAUUGCUGAGGGCGGGCGCUGACAAGGGAUUCCUUCUUAUUCACUAGGCAGAAGGCGAAACGGAGAGUUCCGAAACCAUUGAAGAACUUGGAAGAAGUGGACCCCGGGAUCAUUAAAGGAGCGAAACCGCCAAUUCCAAGAGGGUGUUGCGAGCUGAGAGAGCUCCUGAUACUCAGCGCCAUGUUCUCAGGGUAAUAAGACCCUCUGUAAAGCAACUGAUACUCAUAUGAUUCAAUUGCUUCACGAGUUAUACGGAAUGGAAAAGUCGUUUGCUCCCUUUGGGGGAUCUCUGUACAAAAUAAA